AUGCUCCGCAGUUUUCGUCAAAUAAUGAGGAUAGGAAGAGGUUUUAAGUCGCCGAUUCCUGCCAACAGUCUACUGAGAUUACCAGCCCCUUGUAGACUUCAGUCUGCUUUGCACACCAGUUGCAGCACAUGGAAAUAUGACAAGAAAUCCUCACGAGCGUCUGAUGAUUUGGACAGCGACGACGAGGAUGAUGAGGAUUUCAAGGACGAAAGGGACUCCAAGGUGGUCAAGACCAAGGUGAACUCGCUGCGUGCCGAUCUCCUGCUGAAAGCUGGUCUGGGCAUGGCCAGGAACAAAGUUGAACUAAAUUUCUAUGAGAGCAAGAUACGAGUCAAUGGGAAAAAGCUGCCCAAGAAGAGUGCACAGCUCGAAAUCGGCGAUGACAUCGAUGUGAUCCGGGGCUUCAGCCAAUCGAAUCCAUCCCACCUGGUCGUGGCCCGCGUCUCAAUCCUCUCAGCCAGCGAACGCGAGGAAGGACUCAGCGUCCAUCUGCGGCGGUAUAAGUCACUGCUGGUUGAGAACUACCGUGGGCCCAACGCCUUCAAAUCAUCCGAACACGUUGAUCACUAAACCAAGUUAGGAAUAAAUAGAUGAUGCUGCUUAUUA